AUGCAGGCGAACGUGAUUGACGGGCAGACGACGAAGCUUGCGCCAAGUCCUCUGCUGUUGAGCAAGUCGCCGGGAGACCUGCCGUCGCCGCAGCCGUCGCCGCCGGCGCGCAACUCGCCCGCGGGCUCGACGUUUGGGAGCAGUGAUGACGGGAGCUCCUCGUCGAGCUCGGCGGACUACCCGACGCCGGUGACGGAUUUGGACGGGGAUGCGCAGGUGUACUACUUGAACCCGGCAGACGCGCGCAAGCAAGCGUAUCUCCCGUCCCCAACUGCGAGCACCUUCUCGUCAAAUCGGGAUAGUGGGAGCUCGGGUGCAGUCGAGGUCGUCCCAAAGCCCAAGAUCGUCGUGAGCGAUUCUCCGACGCCACCGACUGCACAAGAGGCACCACAGGCUGAGGCACCCCUACCACCCACGCCGCGAGUGCAUGGCUGGCUCGCCGACGCCGUCGCGCCCUUCGCCGACUUUAUCGACGGGCCUGUCGACCCGCGCGCCGCCUACGUCGACCUCCAGGAGAUCGCCGAGGGCGAGUCCGGCUCCGUCUUCGCCGCGCACCUCGUCGAGUCCUUCGUCGGCAAGCUCCGGCUGCCCGCCUCCGUCGCCGCGCGCGACGCGCACGACCGCGCCGCCGGGCAGCGCACGCUCGUCGCGAUCAAGCAGGUCGCGGUCACGCCGCACGGGUCGCAGAAGCUGCUCGACCUGCAGCACGAGCUGCGGCUGAUGCGUGGGCUGGCGCACGAGAACAUACUGGGGAUGGAAGCGGUGUAUGUGGAUGUGGUGGAGGAUAUGCUGUGGAUACGGAUGGAUUUGAUGGAGAGGAGUCUGGCGGAUGUGAUCGAGCUGGUCAAUGAGGGGCUGAUGUUGCAGGAGAGGAUGAUUGCGCGGUUUGCGGGGGAUAUCCUGCUUGGGUUGGACUAUCUGCACAAGCAGGGAAUUGCGCACCGCGACGUUCGGUCGGACAACCUGCUGAUCAACAACUCUGGUGUAGUCAGGAUAACCGACUUCUCGCAAUCCGUCAAGGUCACGCGAGAAGCACCUUUGAGCUCAGAAGUUGUGGGCGUCGUCUACUGGCAGGCGCCAGAGAUGCGAGUCGGCCCCUACGACCCCCUGAAAGCAGACAUCUGGUCGCUAGGCGCGACGGUAUGGGAGACAGCGCAGGCGGAGCCGCCGUUCGCGGAAACGCAGGUCUUCACGGAGCGCUGGCCAGCCGUGCGACAGCCUGAGCUGUUCUCCCCUGCCUUCCACGAGUUCUUGAGAUUGUGCUCGGAGCCUGCGGCGGUGCGACCGAAUGCGGCGGCGUUGAUGAAGUCUGCCUUCACCACCAAUGCCUGCGGGCGCGCCGUCAUCGUGCAAUUGCUAUCCCAGUGUAUGGCCAUCGAGCGGCGAAUACAAGAGGAGAUGGGCGAAGACUCAUAG